UGCGCUCCUGGCCGUGCGCGCCAUCGCGGGCCCGGCAGCUGCAGCUCGUUGGCAGCCCUUGGCCGCUCAUUGGCCGGCGGCGCGCGGCCAGCCGGAUGGGAGCCCGGCAGAAAUAGGCGCGCCUCGCCCCCUCGACGCCCACCGCACAGCGCACCGCACCUCGGGACCCUCCCCGGCUCGCACCAGGCACCUGCCCCACCGUCUCGCACGCCGCCUCGGGCAGCCCCUCGUCCUCCCCGAGGAAGGAGGGAAGGGCUGGAAGAGACCCCCGGCCCGGACCAGCACGCGAGCCCCCGGCCUGCCCCGCGCCCGCCCCACGCCCACCAUGAGCAACCUGCCCAAGGAAAACGAGCACAGCAGCACCACCCUCGAGGAAGAGGUACGGACACUCUUUGUCAGCGGCCUUCCUGUGGAUAUCAAGCCAAGAGAGCUCUACCUGCUUUUCCGGCCAUUCAAGGGUUAUGAAGGAUCACUGAUCAAACUAACGUCCAAACAGCCCGUAGGCUUUGUUACCUUUGACAGCCGGGCUGGUGCUGAAGCUGCCAAGAACGCCUUGAAUGGCAUCCGCUUUGACCCGGAGAACCCCCAGACGUUGCGGUUAGAGUUUGCAAAAGCCAACACCAAGAUGGCCAAGAGCAAGCUAAUGGCCACACCGAAUCCCACCAACCUCCACCCUGCCCUGGGAACACACUUCAUUGCACGGGACCCUUAUGACCUGACUGGAGCAGCCCUCAUCCCAGCAUCUCCGGAGGCCUGGGCUCCCUACCCACUCUACACCACGGAGUUAACCCCUGCCAUCCCACAUGCUGCUUUCACGUACCCAGCCGCCGCUGCCGCUGCUGCCGCCCUUCACGCUCAGAUGCGCUGGUAUCCUCCUUCCGAAGCCACUCAACAAGGAUGGAAAUCUCGUCAGUUCUGUUAGUUUUAAGCUGCCUCUCGGCCCACGUCCUCCCCCUCCCCUUGUCUCUCCAUGGAGUGAUGUGCCAGGGAUGAAGCAGUUUGUGGAUUGCUGGAAAUCCUCCCACCACCCCAACCUUUUCCUGUGGCCACCAGACAAGGUGCCUAACUGCAGUAACUCGCGCUUCCGAUGAAUGAAGUUGCGGGCUUCCCCGUCCAAGACUGUGAAUAACAACAGCCCCCUAACCCUACUGUGGACUUGCAUGGUCUGUAAGUUCUGCCUGCUUGCUUCCCACUCUGCUUACAUCCCGGCAAACUCCCGUUGCUGAGGGGCAUGUAGGUGUGUGUCCCCCCCCCCUCCUUUUUUGCUAUGCUGAGGCUGAGUCGGAGAGACCCGUUCUUGGCGAUAGUCAGAUUUGUUUCCAGCUGGGCUGCUGGCAUGAAACGUGGCCAAGCUGUAUACAGUGCAAUAUCCAGGCCUUUCCGAUCCUAAGUAAUGUUUAUGCAGUUCCGCUGGAGGAAGUGAAGAGACAAUCAGUUUUGCAUGUUUUUCUGGCAUGAAUUUACAACACUUUAACUUGGUGUGUGUGUGUGUGUUGUAUGUGUGUGCAAAGCUUGUUUUUGUUUAGCAUUUGUGUAACCAUAGCAACAGGUCUUGGCCUAGCUAUUAAACACUGAAGUUUUUUCAUCUUGCUUCCGUGAAGACUUGGCUUCUGACAAACACUGUCCUGGUUUCUCCCCUCUUUCCAUUUUCUGCUUCUUCUAGAAUUUGGAGAAUAAGUCAUUUCUUUAAAAUUCACGUGCUGGAUUUCUUGUCCAUUUUUCUCCUUCUCCAGUUCAAGUCAGGGUUGUAUCUGUGUUUUUUUUUCUGUCAGACUUCUAUAUAUAGAACAGCUGUAAAAUAUUUAACUUUUUUCCACAUCCCUCUGAUUGGAGAGGCUCCAGUUCUGCCAAAUAAUCCGCCGUCCUUAUGGGAAUACCGAACAAAGAUGUACGAGUAUUUUUGUACCUUGUGUAAUAAGGAAAUAUUUAUGCCUCAUAAAAGAUUUUGUGUGGUUUUUUGUGCAAUUAAUUAUUAAGAGAAACUGUAAUCUGUAAGAUAAGUUAAAUGUUUAGUUGAAAACCUUGAAGAGGAGAAGAUGAAAAACCUUUCUGUAACAGAUUCAGUCAGGCAUAGUAACAAGAAAUUUGUGCAAUUUUUUGUUGACAUUUUAUUGCUUGGUAUUGGAAGUGCUUUAAGUAUUAUUAUAUUGGACCAUGGCUGUCUCGCUUGUAUUCAAAUCCUUGAGAAUAAGUUCCUAUAUCCUAUGAAUGUGAAACUGGAUAAUAUAUGAAUUGUACUCUCUGGUG